AUGGAGCUGACCAAUGGAACUACAGUCCAGGAAUUCAUCUUGCUAGGCUUGGAGGACGGGAAUAAAAAACGGUUCUUCCUCCUUAUCUUUUUUACUAUUGUCUACAUAAGCACUUUGGCUGAGAACGCCACAAUUAUCAUGCUGGUGCGCGUAGAUGCGCAAUUGGCACAGCUCCCCAUGUACAACUUUUUGGCAAACUUCUCCCUGCUGGAGAUUUGCUACGUGACCACUACGAUGCCUCGUAUGCUCUUCGAUCUGGCUUCUCCUCAAGGGAUCAUCUCCUUCCAAGCCUGUUUCAUUCAGUUCUACAUUUUCUACUCCCUUGGCAGCACUGAGGACUUCUUCCUCUCAGCCAUGGCCUUGGAUCGUUAUCUGGCCAUCUGCCACCCACUCUAUUACCCAACAAUUAUGUCUCCGAAGAACUGCUCCAAGCUUGUAACUGGUUGCUGGAUGGCUGGCUUUUUGGUCUAUGCUGUCCCCAUAACGUUGAUCUCUAGGCUGUCUUUCUGUGGUUCCAAUGUCUCUGACCACUUUUUGUGUGAUCAAGGGAUUCUGUCCUUAGCUUGCCUUCCACUUGGAAAUGCUCCACUUAUCCUCUUUUCCAUGAAUAUUUUCAUCAUAUUAGGCAACUUAAUCUUUGUAACUAUUUCCUAUGGCGUUAUCAUUGUCACAUUGAUCAAAUCUUCUAACCAACACAGCAGAAAGAAAGCCUUCUCCACCAUAUCCUUCCAUCUCAUGGUGGUGACCCUUUUCUAUGGUUCUGUGGCAGGAAUGUACGUAGCUCCAAGUGGGGAAACUCAGUCACAGGCCGCUAAAAUAGUCACUGUCUUCUACACUGCCAUUACGCCCCUUCUCAACCCCAUGAUCUACUGUCUGAGGAACAAUCAGAUGAAGGAGGCCCUGGUCAGGUUGCUGAGAAGGAUGGAGCAAUGGCUAAGAAAAAAGAUUAUAUUGUGA